GGAGGAGGGUAGUAGGGGGAAAGAAGGCGGUGAAAGUAAAAUACAAACACCCGGGGCGUUUAUUCGUGUUUUAUGCCCCCACCGCCCCGAAGCCCCUGACCCCACAACUUUGUGGAGAGCCCCCACCCUGGCCCCUGGAGGCCCUGAAGCCUCGGGGCUUGAGUGAAGAAUAAGCCUGGCUGCGCCUCAUCUCCGCCGGUCACCACCGCAAAUGUGAGGACACCACCCCCCCCCCUCCCCAUCCCAUCCUAUCCUAUCCCAUCCCAUCAGGACAACUUUUAUUUUAACUUUAUUUGUUAAUUUUAAUGAUCUUUAUACGAUUUCUUUUCUGCUGGAGUCUCUUCCCCGUCAGCACCUACCUCGCCCACCCCCCCCCGCCAUUCUGAAUCUGAUCAGUUUAAACUAGUUUGUUUUAGGGGCAGUUGGAUGACACUGUUCGCUGCAAAUAUUCUCUAGAUUUCCUUCCCCCUUCCCCUUCCCCUUCCCUUUUAUUUUAAUUUAAAAGUUUUUGUUUCCUCUGUGUGUGUGUUGGGGGAUCCCCUUUCAAAGUCCAGAGAUGACCACCAGAACACCAUUGCCUCCAGUCAAUGAGUCUGAUCAGCUUGCUAAGCCGUGUUUGUGUGCUCCUGCAGGGGAAGUAUUUGAUUAUUUAGUUGCACAUGGAAGAAUGAAAGAAAAAGAAGCAAGAGCAAAAUUCAGACAGAUAGUAUCUGCUGUGCAGUACUGUCACCAGAAGUGCAUUGUUCAUAGGGACCUGAAGGCCGAGAACUUGCUGUUAGAUGGAGAUAUGCACAUAAAAAUAGCAGACUUUGGCUUCAGUAAUGAAUUCACACUGGGGAAUAAAUUAGACACGUUCUGUGGGAGCCCGCCUUAUGCUGCUCCCGAGCUUUUCCAGGGGAAGAAAUACGAUGGACCAGAGGUGGACGUUUGGAGUCUCGGAGUGAUCCUGUACACACUCGUGAGUGGUUCGCUGCCCUUUGAUGGACAGAACUUGAAGGAACUGCGAGAGAGAGUGCUGCGAGGCAAGUAUCGAAUCCCCUUUUACAUGUCCACAGACUGUGAAAACCUACUGAAGAAAUUCCUGGUACUAAAUCCAGCCAAACGAGGCAGCUUAGAGCAAAUAAUGAAAGAUCGUUGGAUGAAUGUUGGUUAUGAGGACGAUGAGCUGAAGCCGUACACAGAUCCUGAGCCAGACUACAAGGAUCCCCGGAGAACAGACCUCAUGGUAAACAUGGGAUACACUCGGGACGAGAUCACUGACUCUUUGGUGAACCAGAAGUAUAAUGAAGUCAUGGCGACGUAUCUGCUGCUGGGCUGGAAGACCUCUGAGUUGGAUGCAGAUUCGCUGUCCACUAGUAACUUGUGUUUGAAGCCACGCACUGACCAUACAAACAGUAACGCACAGUCCCCCUCCAACAAGGUACAGCGAAGUGUCUCAUCCAGUCAGAGACCACGUCGGAUCAGUGAACAAGCUGGUCCCACUAACCCCAGCAGCAACUCCUAUUCUAAGAGGAACCAGGCAAAUAGCACUGACUCCAAACACCAGGAUGAGGAGAAGGACAGUUCACGGCGCUCCAACAGCAAUGUGAAGGUGCCAGCCAGUCCCCACACUGGCUCAGACAGGAAGAAGGCAACCACGCCAUCCUCUAUGAACAACGCACUGACCAGCAGCGUGAGCCGCGACAGGAACUCCCCGAUGGCAGAUCGAGCUGGUACAGGUCAACAAGGCAAUGUACAAAACAGCAAAGACAGUUCGUCAGUACCAAGCUCCAGAGUAUCCUCCAUGUCUGUCAGUUCGGCAAGAACCCGGCACACAAAAUCUAUGUCCACCUCUGUUCACCCAUCCAAAAACACAGCAACAAACAAUGACGCUCAGCGUCCAAGCACUGCUCCCCAACGGAUCCCUGUCACCUCACCCUCUGCUCACAACGUUACUGCUGCCCCUGAACCCAGCAACUUCCCAAGGGGUGUCGCUAGCCGGCGCACCAUUGAUGGGGGGCAGCUCCGACAGUUCCGCGAUCAACAGAACACUGCGUUCAAUGGCCCCCCUGCCUCACCCACCCUGUCUCAUGGCAACAGCCAAGCACGGAGAGGGGCAUCUGGUAGCAUCUUCAGCAAGUUCACCUCCAAAUUUGUCCGCAGAAAUCUGUCUAUAAGAUUUGCGAAAAGGAUGCCUAUUGAGGGAGACAGCAGAGAGGGAGCUGAGAGCUCAAGAUCCAAUCUCAGUGCAGAGAAAGACGAGAAUAAAGAUGCCAAACCUCGGUCGCUACGCUUCACGUGGAGCAUGAAGACAACAAGUUCGAUGGAGCCCAAUGAGAUGAUGAAAGAGAUUGGCAAGGUGCUGGAUGCCAAUAACUGUGAGCAUGAGGGACGGGAGCGGUACAUGCUGUUCUGUAUGCAUGGGGACCCCGCCAAGGACAACCUGGUACAAUGGGAGAUGGAGGUGUGCAAACUGCCCCGACUGUCCCUCAAUGGAGUCCGUUUCAAACGCAUAUCUGGCACCUCCAUAGCAUUUAAGAAUAUAGCGUCCAAAAUUGCCAAUGAACUGAAGCUGUAAGGAAGGCUAUGCGAACUUGUCCAAGGUCGUUGGAGGCACCAGCUUUAAUCGGGACAGAUGAGUGAGAACUCGAGCUGACACUUUCUGGGCUGGAAUCUUUCAGUUUUGAGAUUUAUUUUUUGCAUUAGUGUUUUAAGUUUAUUUUUUAGUUUUUUUUAUCUGACUGAUCAUGUAUUGCACACAUUCUUGACAUGUCACUGUGGGAUGGCAGAUUUGUUGAACUCCACCCCCCUUCUCUCUCCUUAGCCCAACCCCAUACACUUCUCCCUGUUUAUGGUGAGUUGAAGCAGAGGCCAUUAAUCUGGGAUCUCACAUCGUGUACUACACUAACUUACUGUAGUGAGUGGAUCUGUCUCAGAUAGUUGAGAUGAAGAGGAGCAGGUUUAUUACUUGUGGCCUGAAAGGAGUAAGUAAUUGUGAGAGAAACUUUUAAACUCAGCAGUUGCCUAAUUAUAGACUCAUAAUUGUAGCAUUUGUCGGUUUAAAAGUAAUAUCCUAUUCCUCCUCCUAUUACCCCUUCCUCUUUUCCACCUUCUCCUGAUUUCCAUGCUUCACCUUCAUUGUUCUCCCACUCCUGUACAAUCAUCAUUCAUAGGAGAAUUGGGCCUGAAUAAGGUUUAAUUCUCAGAAUUCCUGCUGUUAACUUGUUUCCAGGGAGAAUGAGCCAGGGCCCUUAUCCAAGAUGUGUGCCUUUAGUAAGCAACUUAUUCUAGCUGUAACCUGGUGCCAGUGGGCUCUCUGCCCAGUUUCCUGAUGUCGAUUGAGGGGUGAUUGGAGUUGGGCGAUGGGGGCUCACUUCCUGGAAUCCUUUAUGUUCUUAAUGUACCUCUUACAUUUCCCUCCCUCUCUUACCACCACUUACUCUUAACCCACCCUCCAAGCUCUCAUCCUUUCUUUUCCCCACCCCACUUCUUGAGUCCUGGUACACUACAAAACCAACACUAUCUGCUAACGUGCCCAGGGGCUGUUUAAAAUCAGGCUCCUUCCUUGUGAAUCAGGAGGUCGGAAAACUGCAUCUCUGCACAAAAUAAUCAUGGCUCUUUCAAAGUUGUUGUUUCCAGUUCAUUCUGGAAUUCCUGUUUAGGCUUAUUUAGUGAAUAACCCCUUUUAAUAGUUUGUGCAACCCAGCCAAGGCCUCUUCCCUAACCCAAAGCAACUUAGAUAAGGUUGGAGAAGGGAAGGUGUUUUGGAAGGUUUUUGCUGUUUAAGUUUCUGAAAGGAUUUUUUAAAUUGUAAAUUAAUUAAUGCAACCUUCUUCCUGUCUUUUGUUUUCUGUCUUUUUUAAAAAUCAAUUAAACAGUAGAUGAAUCACAGAAAUUAUUGACAGAUGUUCUUUAUCCAGCUGAAUGUUGAGCUCCCAGGUUUUUUUACUGUGGGCCAUUCCUUUUGUCUUGCCCACCAGAAUAAUUUAACCCUGGAUUAAACUUCCAAGGCAGGAAUUUCUUCCAGGGUUCCAAUCACAUUUUUGUUCAACCUGUGAUGGUUAAGUAGCCUCUGGUCUGUUAGAUGCAGUGUUGACCCAUAUUAACUGUGAUUAUUUCAUUUUGCGUUACUAUUACCAGGGCAUUACAAAGAGAUGUGACAAAGCAGCGUAUUUAUAAACUUUACCUAUAGUCUCCUCAAAUUGCCUGUUUUCACCCAUCCAAAGUGAAAAGAUUAUACUUCUCCCUGGUUCCUUUGCUCCUCCUGCCCAGUUGCUGUUCCUGGAUCUCCCUGAUGCUCAGAUGGUGUCAGUGGUAAGUUGGACACGGUUCAGUAGCUGCACUGUUUGUUGGUCACCACCAAGGAUGCUCCUUCGCUGUAGGAACCAUGAGCUCACAUCCGGAUCACUCCAGUUGAAAGCCUGGUGUCCGUGAUCCUUAUCCCAAGUAACACCAGGAGCUGCCAUCCAGUUUCUAGAUUGUAAAUAUUCCCAUCUAGAUCUUUGUGGAUGGGGUUUGGAGUACAAUGGGCAUUAGCCUACUUGGACCUGCUGCUGUCUGAGAUUCUGAUGCCAGUUUGUGAGCUAGGAUGCAGUAAUCAGUGUUGGUGCCCAAGAAGGGGAGAGUGACAGGAGAGGUAGGGUACUGAAUGGUGCAUAGAGAAGGGACCUGGCAUAUAUACUGGUUAGGGGAAGAAUGGAGAAGCAGUUAUCAAGCUGGAGGAAUUCUCCCCAUCCAAGGGUUGGGGAUGAAGGACACGUUGCUGGUAUGUGAAAUGUGUUUUAAGGACAGCCAUGUUUGGGUAGGAGUAGAGUUGGGUCUCUCCUCCAGCUGUCUACCCUUUUUUUGAGUGUGUGUGUAUACUGCUGAUUAGAGUUGAGUAAAGAUGAGUGGAUUGAGGGAGUCAGGAUGAGACUGAACAGGUGAAGAGACAGUACUAGAUGCACCCAGUAUUUGGUUUAGUUUCCAACAACCCUUGGCCCCAUCUCCAGUCCCUGUCUAAGUGAAUGCUAGUGAUAGAAACUAACUAAUGAGCAUGUUUGGGGCCAGUCAUCAUGUUACAGCAAUGACUGGGUCUGACAUUGAACUCUAGGGUUUCUGAGGUUCCAGGGAAGAUGCUUUUCCUAUCUCCAAUGCUUAAACUCAAUGAGGACACAGAGGGGAUAUCUGAACAAUCACUCUACUAUUCCAACUAAUACAAACAUCUCAACAAAGGCUUGAACCACCAUUUUGAUUUUCAGGUGAAUCUUUAUUUAGGUGUUUUCAGUUUUAGGAGGUUAUAUAUGUGCAUUUAUACCUUAACAAGCAGAUUUCAAGUUUGAUACUGGACACUCCUGAAUGUCAGUGGACAUAGAGAAACUUGCUAUGCCUGACUUGGAUUCCAGUUGAGUUAAGACUCUGUGGCCCUGCACAGUGUGCAUUGAUUAGGCAUAUUCAUAAGCCCAAAUCUCUACCAUCUGGGGCCUGACUUCAAACACAGAUAAAUUGGUAGGGAUUGGGUGAUUCAAGUUCGCCUGUUCAUCUCCAGGACUUUGUCCCCGAGUCCAGUGCAGACAGAAGGGAUGAAAGCCCAGAGACAUAAGCCCCAUUCAGUAAUCGGUUGGUCCUCAGCUGCUGUGUAACCACAUUUGGUUGCCAUGUGGUACUUAGUCAAGUAACACGAGACGUGUUUAAUAUAUCUGCAAAGCCACCUGAUUUGUAAACACUUGUCCUCCUGACUAAGGCUUUGAUCCAGCUGGGAACUAGCAAAACAAGGUUGGAUACCUUCAGUUCAUAUCUCUUCACAAGCUUAGACAUCUUCUCCCAAUUCGUGCAACACCUCUUCAUUCAGUUUCAGAGAAAUUGAUUUCUUGUUUUAAUUCAACUCGGGUCUUGGCAUACACUGUAACAUAGAGAAAGCUAAUCUUUUAGUUUUUCAGUUGUCGCGUUGUAUUUGCUGUUGUAAAAAAGGACUUGCUUUUCUUGUACUGUCAGGUAAAAAUGAGGCUCCUGCUCUCUAUUCAGAUCUCCAUUGUCUUGCCUCAAAUGACCAUCUUAUAGAGCUUUUUUGAGGUAGAAAUUGGUAACUUGACUGAUGGGAGACUGCAAUGGGACUUGAUAAUUUCCUAAUGGUCCUAUGAGCAAGCUGAGUACCAGUUUACUGAUUAUCUGCUGGUCACCUGCUUAGUUAAAAGAUGUGUAUAAUAGAUCACCUGUACUGGAAACAUGUACAGAUGACAUGCCAUUUUCCCACUGCUGUAAAUGACUCAAAACAAUCGAAUCCUUUUGCUUCUAAUUUAUGUCUCCUAUAGAAAGAUGUCUGGCUUUGUGUAUCAGAAUGUAUUAUUAACCUGUAGCAAUUUCUCACCUGAUAUUUAAUUUGCUCUCAUGCACCCCUCCGCCCAUCCCAACCACCAUCUUUUCUUCAGUGCAAGAUUCUUAAUCACGUUUACUUUAAAUCAAAAUAUAAAUUUGGCUGCAGGGAUUUGUUUUUAAAUCCCUGGCUUUUGCCCGAGAUGUCCCAACAUCCCUGUUCACUUUGUCCCCAGGACCAGAAUUCUAGCUCUGUGAUCCCUUUGACAAUUGCCAUUCUGUAAUAUACUCACCUCUUUCCUUUUUAUUGCUGCAUUGCUAAUUAUGGAGAUUGGCUGUUGAAGAAAAGUGCCCCUGUUGAUGGAAAGUUUUGGAAAUCAUCUCUAUGGAGAUGAAAAUCUGUGGUCCAUUCAGACUUGAUACUUGUACAAAAUAAUUUAAGUAAAAAUGGGGUAGUAACCUCAAUUUCCAAACCCACUUUCCUGGAUUUUGAUGUAUACUUUGCUGCUGUUACUAAACAGACCCCUUCUCUAGAAUGAUAUUACUAUAAUAUAGUGUUAAACCUUGGCUCUUCCGUUGUCAAGGCAGUGGCUUUUGUGGAAACCACAAAAACCUUUUGUGGCUGUUGAGGGUGGCUUUCAUCUGGGGACAACCACAACUUGCCAAUGGUGAGGGGCUGGAGUAAGGAACCUGAGGCAGUAUCGGUCAAAUCACCACCCAGCAUUCCCUCUGCCCUCCCCCACCACCACAACUGUUCCCUUGCCCAAAUAGUCAGAAUUGGCUCUUAAAAGCAGUUAUUAAAACUAUUUGCCUAUAUUAGUAGCACAUUAAUUCUCGCCCUAAACAAACUCUACAGUUUCCAUUUGAACAUUUCGUGUGACUUUUUAAAAUAAGAGAUUCAGGAUGCUGUAUGCCCUGGUCAAACAAUGGGGAAUCCUAUUUACACUCCAAUUUGGCUGAAGAGGGGUCUGCUGGAUUGAAUUUCAACAUCUGUAAUGCUGGGCACUUUGGGAACUGCUAUGGAAUUGAAUUGUCAAGGGUUUAAGAACCACUUAAAACCUAAUAGAUCUGAUGUGUGUAUGGAGGGAAGGGGUGGGGUGGGUGGUAUAGAGAGGAAUUUUAUUUAAUUUUUUUAAAUCAUGAGUUUUGGGACACUUUUUUUUUGCAUGACCCAAACUGGGAAGUUGGUUUGUGUAGCUGUUUUUGUGUUAAUUUCUUUGAAUGAUUGAUGCCCUUUCAUUUGAGAAUUGUUUAAUUGGAACCUGGCACCAGAGGGAGGAAAAUAAUGUAUUAAAUAUGGACUGGGAAAAGUUCACAUUUAUGAUUAUAAUAAAGUUUCUCCUUCUAUAGUUUAACAUAA